AUGAAUCCAACGCCAUCGCCGUUAAAUUCAUUUCAAAGUAUUGAUGUAAAUAGUCCUAAUUUUUACAACAAUUUACAAGACGAGAUAGACAUUGAUUUAGCGAGACUGAAGAAAAAUGUUACAAUAGUACGAAAUUUGCGAAUUACAGCAGCAGAAAUGGAAGUGGAAACAGCAGCACUCUACCAUGCUGAGCUUUGGUCAGAAAUAGAAAACUUAAAAUCAAUAGUUGACCAAAAAGAAAAGGAAAUUUCUAAAUAA